AUGGAAGUUCCUAAAUUUCUCAUUCUUCUACUUUUUGCCGCAACAGUUGCUUCUUUCCAAACACGGUCACUAGGGCUGCAAAGCUUAAGGCAAGGGAGCUCCUUGGAAGUCGAGGAAGAGAGUGUCUUGGUUUCACCAAAAGGAACUUUCUCUAGUGGAUUUUACAACAUCAGCACCAAUGCCUCUUGCUAUUCAGUAUGGUACACCAACACUGUCCACAAAACAGUUGUCUGGAUGGCUAACAGAGACACACCUGUCAGUGUAAGACAGUCAAAAUUAAGCCUCCAGAGAAAUGGCAACCUGGUCUUGACUGAUGGAGUUGGUUCAACAGUAUGGUCAACUAACACUUUAUCUAAUGCAAGCAUGGAGUUUCACCUUCGACUUCUUGAAACCGGAAAUUUGGUACUGCUCAACCAAGCAGAGAGGAUCAUCUGGCAGAGUUUUGAUUCUCCCACAGACACACUUUUACCAUCGCAGCAAUUUGACAAGAGCAAAACCUUGGUGUCCAUGAGAAGUCGAGGUACAUACUUGUCUGGUUACUAUAAUUUCAAAUUUGAUGGUAAUAAUGUGUUGUACCUCACCCACGAUAGCCCUCUAGUGUCAAGUGUUUAUUGGCCAAAGAUGGAUGUGUCUGUUUUUGGUAGUGGCAGAUCACCUUACAAUAGCUCUAGAGUAGCAGUAUUGGAUGAACGAGGAAAAUUUGUAUCAAGUGACAAUUUAAAGUUCAAAGCAUCUGACUAUGGGGUUGGUCCAAAGCGCCGUCUAACCUUGGAUUAUGAUGGCCUCAUAAGAAUGUACAGUCUAGAUGAAUCAACUGGACUUUGGAAAGUCUCAUGGUUGCCUGAAAUUGAUUAUUGCCGGGUUCAUGGCUUAUGUGGUGAGUAUGGUAUUUGCACUUACAAACCAGAACCAACUUGUACUUGCCCUCCUGGUUUUUCCCUGACUGAUCCUUCAGACUGGUCCAAAGGCUGCUCACCUCCAUACAAUUUGUCUCAUGACUCAAAAAAGUUGGACUUCAUGGAGCUUCCUUACACAGAUUACUACGGAUCUGAUUUGGACACCUAUCAUAUGGGAAUCUCUUUCGAAGAAUGCAGGAAUACAUGCCUGAAUGAUACAAGGUGCAAAGGGUUUGGAUUUGCACUAGACGGAUUUGGACAGUGUUACCCUAAGAACUUUCUUCUUAAUGGAUUUCGUGUGCCAAGUACUCCCAGCAUCAUCCAUAUUAAGAUUUUGAAAGCUUCACUGAGUCCUCAAGUACUCCAGCCAGAGACAUAUGAGUUGAACUGUUCCAGGGCAGAAGUUGCUUAUAAAAGUAGUGGUCCUCGAGUGAAAAAGAGCAAUCAGUAUAUUAAGUACCUGAUUGGCUUUGUAACUUCUUUUGCAAUAUUUGAAGCCAUCUGCAUUGGCUUGACAUGGUGGUGCGUGUUGCGAAAGCAUGCUGGUGAGGACUAUGUGAGCAUUGGUUACAUGGAAUUAGUCAUGGAAAUCAAACGUUUCACCUAUGCAGAACUGAAAAGAGCAACCAAGGAUUUCACACAGGAGAUAGGAAAAGGCGGUUUUGGAGCAGUUUAUAAAGGGGUUCUUGGCGAUGGAAGAGUUGUUGCUGUGAAGAGACUAGAAGGCAUCGUGCAAGGAGAUGCAGAGUUUUGGGCAGAGGUUAGUGUUAUAGGGAAUAUCAACCACAGAAACUUGGUUAAGCUUUGGGGUUUCUGUGCUGAGAAUGAACAUAAGCUAUUGGUGUAUGAGUACCAUGAGAAUGGAUCCUUGGAUAAAAUCUUGUUCUCAGAUGUGGAAUUAGGAUUGGAGCAGCGAUACAACAUUGCAUUAGGAACUGCAAAGGGUUUGUCAUAUUUGCACGAGGAGUGCUUGGAAUGGGUGCUCCACUGUGAUGUAAAGCCUCAGAACAUUCUUUUAGAUGACCAACUUGAACCAAAAGUGGCAGACUUUGGCAUGUCAAAGUUGUUCAAAGACAUUCCUGAUGACACUGGGUUUUCAAGAGCUCGCGGCACCAGAGGUUACAUGGCUCCAGAGUGGAUGAUGAAUCUGAAGAUUGAUGCAAAGGUAGAUGUCUACAGCUACGGGAUUGUUUUGUUAGAACUACUGACUGGAAAGAGUGCUUCUAUUCUACUUACGCCCCAGGCUAGUCCCCUCCCAAAGAACAAAGAACACAACCAAGUAGUACAAUGUGUGAUUGAAAAAAUCAUCAGAGAAGGGCUUGAGGAUGUGAUUGAUCCUAGACUACACCACGAAUUCAACAACAAGAAGCUUGAAAGAUUGAUGAAAGUUGCUCUACUUUGUGUGCAUGAAGACCGCAAUGCAAGGCCAGCCAUGAGUAAGGUUGUGGAGCUUCUAAUUCCAAAUGAGUAG